UGUAGUCCAAACAGAUCGUGAAAAAGGUACGGCCAAAGGACAGGAAAUGUUGCAACUAAUUAUUAGCCAAGGGAUGGCGUCGUUCCAAGUCAAAAGUUUAAUUAAGAGGCGCACAGUGAAUUAUCUCAUCAGAAACUAUUCCAACUAUCCACCUCGCCAUGUUAAGAAAAAUCUAGCUGAGUGCAUCUCCUCACAAUUGUUUGGGCACCUCGCCGAACAGCAGCAGAUUGAUAUUAAAAGCUUAUUCUACAGUGACGCCAAGUCAAUUGACACAGAGGAAAUGGACCAGAAAGGGCGAAUCAUUUACAAAAAUAUUCCAGCGACAGGAUUGAUCGAGGACCGAUUAAAAUACUUGCGAAAUAAAAACUGUAUUUCAAUUCGGAAGAAGCCAAGAGUCCUCGACUCUAUUACUAAUGAUCCUACUGUUGAGGAAUACGAAAUGAAAUCCUGGCUGUCUAACUCAAAAUCACCUGCAUCUCAGGUGCUGCAAUACAUGAAGGACACCUUUAAUUUGCGAAGUCUAGAAUUAAAAAAUACAACCAAUUUGAGUAACACUUUACAAGAGUGGCCACAUCUUCUUGAGACAUCUGGUGUGAUUGACCAGGACUUUGAAAGAUUGAAUCCCGGGAAAUCGGAAAUUAUGCUAAGGAAGUGGCCUAGCAUCGCCAAACAAAUUUGCGAAUUCGCCGAGAGGUCUCAAACCAAAGCAAUAGCUGAGUCAGGAAUUAAAAAAAUGUUUUCAACAUUAUCAUUGGAUGAGAUUACAAUUGCUGCAUUUGUGAUGUUGCCGUAUCUGACCUCGACAUCAGCUUAUAAGAAGAGAGGAGCAAAGAAAGUCAAAAUAUCAGCUGCGGCGGCUGCUGACUUUUUUAUUCAAUUUGUAUCUAAAACUUUUGAUUUGGAGUCGUUCAAAGCCAAUGAAUCGGAGCGACGUCAACCGUUUGUUGUUUGUGUUGGAGAUUUGGCAAACCUUAUAAUUAAGGAUGUUUACGUUAUGCUUGAGCGAAAAUUAAUUAAGUCGCCGACGAUAAUUUCUGCCGUAGAUUUAUGUUUUAAGUUGUUCCAUGUUUUAAAACUUAAGUUCCCCGAUGAAUGUUACCCGGUCUGGUCUUUCUUUGAUCACACGGUCUACCAGAUAAACGAAAUUGUAUCUCCACCUGCAUCAGUAUUAGCUUUAGGAUCUCAUAUUAUUGUUUAAUUAAUUUUGCAUGUAUGUGUAAUAAUUAGUUACAAUUUAAAUUGUGUUCAUGUAUUUAAAUUUAUCAGUAUUCGUUUUUGUAUA